AGCUAAGAAGUGUUUGUUGGGGAUGUAUUAUUGGAAUUGGAUGAGGGGAGCCGGGAUGGGCACCAUGGCAAAAAGUCCUAUUCAAAUUGAAAAUACUAAACUGCACUAUGAGUUUUGUAGUGAUUUAAGUAUUAAAACUACUUACGAACAGGCUUUUGAUUAUCAGCCGAAAUUUAUUUUAUUUGAAGCCGUUAGCCAUGGAGAAACUUAUACGGAAGCAGAACAAGCCGAAGGAGAUUUAGGCAAGUAUAAGGUAAAUAAAGAAAGUGAAGAAGGAGACAUUAUCCCUAGCCCUUUCAAAAACUUUUUUAAGAAACUAUUGGGAGGAAAAACUUAUUUAACAAUUGGUUCUCAAGAGCAAUUAUUAGGUAACGAAAGAAAAGGUUAUUAUACUCAUAGCGAAAGCAUUAUAGCCAAGGACGAGCAAGGAAAUGAACUAAAAAAUUGGGACAAAGAACCGGAAAAAUAUAUUAAUUUGAAAUUAGAAGUUAAAACCACGGGUAAACUAGAGCCUAGUUUUUCCCCAGCUCGGGCUUUAAGAAGUUUGAGUGUUAGUAUCCUUGGAGUUGGAGGUGAUAUCUAUGUUGCCGAGGAAGAAAAGCAAGAAACAGAAACACCCGGAGAAGAUAAACAAAUUGCCCAAGGAGACCCUGAUCCUAAUAACCAAGUAACUAAAGGAGGAGCAUUUGAUACUUUCUUAGAAUUUGAAA